AUGGAACAAGUAAAAGAGACGCUGCUGCUAGUAGCUGCAAGCGUCUCCUGCGUUGGAUGCGGAUUUUUGUUGGCGACGUGGAAGCGUGUAGAGGCGCCUAACUAUGUCAGUAGACGCAUAGUCACAUCUUUGGGAAUCGCGGGACUUUUUACUGCAGUUGCGUUCGCCAUGUCUAUCUUGGUAGAUGGCUCCAGUCAGCAGAAUCAGCAGCAUGAGAUGUUAUGUUACGUACAAGCGAUGACACUACAAUACUUUUACUUAGCAUCUUACCUCUGGACUGCUUGCUUUGCUUUUCAUCUCUAUCAGAUCAUUGUGAGGCGAAACGAGUAUCCAGAAAAAUUUUCAUGGAUUUAUCAUGGAAUCGGGUGGGGGUUGCCAGGACUGGUGUUGGUUUUCCUUGUACUACGCCAGUUGACAGGACACCUUGGAGUUGGUCGAGCAGAUCGACGGUGGUGCUGGAUUGCUGUGCACACGACUCAUGAAGAAGUGGAAGACGACCCUCUUGUAUGGCGAAGUGAAGGUGCGAUGCAGCAGCUCUUAUUGUUUUACACUCCUGUGAUCUGCGUAUUUAUUUUCAACGUGAGUGUCUACUAUUUGAUUCUCAAAUAUCUGCAUAUGGAUCCAAUGGCAUCGCGCUUUCGAGAAAAAGUCAAGUUGUACUUGGGGAUCUACUUUCUGUGCUCAAUAUGGGGACUGCUUAACCGGUUGGUGCAAAUUUUUCGAGCUGACCACGAAUCGAUCUAUCGAAGCGUACAAAGAACGUUUUUGCCCCGGUUGGAUUUUCACUUCCUCCGACGAGGAUGA